CAGUGAGGCCAGCACCAGGGACUCAGUGCAGGUUCUGGAGCAGCUGCAGCAGCAACAUGAUGUGAGGGAUAGAUGCACUAGGAGGAGCAAUGGAGUUUGCCAUGAGGGCUGGGCAAGGGUGGUGAUUGGAUGAGUUGGGAGGCCACAUGUGUGAGUGGGAACAGUGAAACUAUCAGAACCAUGGAUAAAAGAAGGGAGGAACCCAGGGCUGAGGAAAGAGGCUCCAGCCUUGUGGGGAGUAAGUGGGACUUAUGGCUAGAGAUGACCAGACCAGUGGUGGUCUGCACUUGGGGGAAUGUGUAGGAUUGUCGCUUCUGGUUGUGAGCUGGACUCAGUAUGGCUUACAACUGAGAUGGAUACAGGGGCUCUGCCCCUAGGACACCUCACUUUGGACAUUUUGGUCUGAUUUCCACAGAGCUGAGACAUUGUGUUAUGGUUUGGCAAAAAAUAUAUCUGGUACCUGCUCUCUGCCCAGCCCUGUGCUGGGCACAGGGACACUGGAGAACAAGAAGUGGUCCCCGUUACCUGGGCCUAGACCCCUGCUACCCUCCCUGUGUAGGAAGCUGGGAGCCCCUGCAUUCCCCUGCCCUAUGUCCUCCAGGACCACUGGCUGCCCAUGAGAGAUGAAGGAUGGCAUCCAAGGAGGCCGGCAUGUCUUUCUCCCGCAAGAGCUAUAGGCUGACCUCAGAUGCUGAGAAAUCCAGGGUCACAGGCAUUGUGCAGGAGAAGCUGCUGAAUGACUACCUGAACCGCAUCUUUUCCUCUUCUGACCAUGCACCCCCAGCAGCCACCAGCAGGAAACCCCUGAACUUCCAGAACCUGCCAGAACAUUUGGACCAGUUGCUACAGGUGGACAAUGAGGAGGAGGAAAGCCAGGGACAGGUUGAAGGGCGGCUUGGCCCAUCCACUGUGGUCCUGGACCACACAGGCGGCUUUGAGGGGCUUCUCCUGGUGGAUGAUGACCUGCUGGGGGUGAUUGGACACAGCAACUUUGGCACCAUCCGCUCUACCACAUGUGUGUACAAAGGGAAAUGGGUCUACGAGGUCCUCAUCUCCUCCCAGGGGCUCAUGCAGAUCGGCUGGUGCACCAUCAGCUGCCGCUUCAACCAGGAGGAGGGGGUUGGAGAUACACACAACUCCUAUGCCUAUGAUGGCAACCGCGUGCGCAAGUGGAACGUGACCACGACGAAUUAUGGCAAGGCGUGGGCAGCGGGGGACAUCGUGAGCUGCUUGAUCGACCUGGAUGAUGGCACUCUGUCCUUCUGCCUACCCACCCUUCUCCCCAGGAAUGGUGUAUCACUGGGCACUGCCUUUGAGAACCUGUCCAGGGGCCUGGGCAUGGCCUACUUCCCAGCCAUCAGCCUCUCUUUCAAGGAGUCCGUGGCCUUCAACUUUGGCAGCCGUCCUCUGCGCUACCCAGUGGCGGGCUACCGGCCCCUGCAGGACCCACCGAGUGCUGACCUGGUGCGGGCACAGAGGUUGCUGGGCUGCUUCCGGGCAGUGCUGAGUGUGGAGCUGGAUCCUGUGGAGGGGCGGCUGUUGGACAAGGAGAGCUCCAAGUGGCGGUUGCGGGGCCAGCCCACCGUCCUUCUCACACUGGCCCACAUCUUCCAUCACUUCGCACCACUCCUGCGCAAGGUGUACCUGGUGGAGGCUGUGCUCAUGAGCUUCCUGCUGGGCAUCGUGGAGAAGGGCACACCCACACAGGCACAGUCCGUGGUGCACCAGGUCCUGGACCUCUUGUGGCUCUUCAUGGAGGACUACGAGGUACAAGAUUGCCUCAAGCAGUUGAUGAUGUCUCUGCUUCGGCUGUACCGGUUCUCACCCAUCGUCCCAGACCUGGGCCUACAGAUCCAUUACCUGCGGCUCACUAUCGCCAUCCUGAGGCAUGAGAAGUCCCGCAAGUUUCUGCUUAGCAACGUCCUCUUCGACGUGCUCCGCUCCGUCGUCUUCUUUUACAUCAAGAGCCCCCUGCGUGUGGAGGAGGCCGGCCUGCAAGAGCUCAUUCCCACCACCUGGUGGCCCCACCGCUCCAGUAGGGAGGGCAAAGAGAGCACGGAGAUGAAGGAGGAGACCGCAGAGGAGCGGCUGCGGCGGCGAGCCUACGAACGGGGCUGCCAGCGGCUCAGGAAGCGCAUCGAAGUGGUGGAAGAACUACAGGUCCAGAUCCUGAAGCUGCUGCUGGACAAUAAAGAUGACAAUGGGGGCGAAGCUUCUAGGUAUAUCUUCCUGACCAAGUUUCGCAAGUUUCUGCAGGAGAACGCCAGUGGCCGGGGGAACAUGCCCAUGCUCUGCCCCCCUGAGUACAUGGUCUGCUUCUUACACCGGCUGAUCUCUGCCCUGCGCUACUAUUGGGAUGAAUACAAGGCUUCCAAUCCUCAUGCUUCCUUCAGUGAGGAGGCCUACAUCCCGCCCCAGGUCUUCUAUAAUGGCAAGGUGGACUACUUUGACCUGCAGCGCCUGGGGGGCCUCCUCUCGCACCUGCGGAAGACCCUCAAAGAUGACCUUGCUUCCAAAGCCAACAUUGUGAUCGACCCACUGGAGCUCCAGUCAACCACCAUGGAUGACCUAGACGAGGAUGAGGAGCCAGCCCCAGCUAUGGCCCAGCGCCCCAUGCAGGCCCUGGCUGUUGGGGGGCCACUGCCCCUGCCCCGGCCCGGCUGGCUCAGUUCUCCAACUUUGGGCCGAGCCAACCGCUUCCUCAGCACAGCGGCUGUGAGCCUCAUGACCCCACGGCGGCCUCUGAGCACCUCGGAGAAAGUGAAGGUCCGCACGCUGAGCGUGGAGCAGAGGACCCGUGAGGACAUUGAAGGCAGCCACUGGAAUGAGGGCUUGCUGCUGGGGCGGCCCCCCGAGGAGCCUGAGCAGCCCCUCACCGAGAACUCGCUGCUGGAAGUCCUGGAUGGGGCGGUCAUGAUGUACAACCUCAGCGUACACCAGCAGCUGGGCAAGAUGGUGGGUGUCUCCGAUGAUGUCAAUGAAUACGCUAUGGCUCUGAGGGACACAGAGGACAAGCUCCGCCGGUGCCCCAAGCGGAGGAAGGACAUCCUUGCAGAGUUGACCAAGAGCCAGAAGGUUUUCUCAGAAAAGCUGGACCACCUGAGCCGCCGUCUUGCCUGGGUCCACGCCACUGUCUACUCCCAGGAGAAGAUGCUGGACAUCUACUGGCUGCUGCGCGUCUGCCUGCGGACCAUUGAGCACGGUGAUCACACAGGGUCUCUCUUUGCCUUCAUGCCCGAGUUCUACCUGAGCGUGGCCAUCAACAGCUACAGUGCUCUCAAGAAUUACUUUGGUCCCGUGCACAGCAUGGAGGAGCUCCCAGGCUAUGAAGAGACCCUGACCCGCCUGGCUGCCAUUCUUGCCAAACACUUUGCCGACACACGCAUUGUGGGCACUGACAUCCGAGACUCACUGAUGCAGGCCCUGGCCAGCUACGUGUGCUACCCACACUCCCUGCGGGCUGUGGAGCGAAUCCCCGAGGAGCAGCGUAUCGCCAUGGUGAGGAACCUCCUGGCGCCUUAUGAGCAGCGGCCCUGGGCCCAGACCAACUGGAUCCUGGUGCGGCUCUGGAGGGGCUGUGGCUUCGGGUACCGCUAUACACGGCUGCCACAUCUGCUGAAAACCAAACUUGAGGACGCCAAUUUGCCCAGCCUCCAGAAGCCCUGCCCCUCCACCCUGCUGCAGCAGCACAUGGCGGACCUCCUGCAGCAGGGUCCUGAUGUGGCACCCAGCUUCCUCAACAGCGUCCUCAAUCAGCUCAACUGGGCCUUCUCUGAAUUCAUUGGCAUGAUCCAAGAGAUCCAGCAGGCUGCUGAGCGCCUGGAGCGGAACUUUGUGGACAGCCGGCAGCUCAAGGUAUGUGCCACCUGCUUUGACCUCUCGGUCAGCCUGCUGCGUGUCUUGGAGAUGACUAUCACACUGGUGCCUGAGAUAUUCCUUGACUGGACCCGGCCUACCUCCGAGAUGCUGCUGCGGCGUCUUGCACAGCUGCUAAACCAGGUGCUGAACCGGGUGACAGCUGAGAGGAACCUGUUUGAUCGUGUGGUCACCCUACGGCUGCCUGGCCUAGAGAGCGUGGACCACUAUCCCAUUCUGGUGGCAGUGACGGGCAUCUUGGUGCAGCUCCUGGUGCGUGGCCCAGCUUCAGAGAGAGAGCGAGCCACAUCAGUGCUCCUGGCAGAUCCCUGCUUCCAGCUACGCUCAAUAUGCUAUCUCCUGGGACAGCCAGAGCCCCCAGCACCUGGCACUGCCCUGCCAGCCCCUGACCGGAAGCGCUUCUCCCUGCAGAGCUAUGCGGAUUAUAUCAGUGCCGAUGAACUGGCCCAAGUGGAACAGAUGCUGGCGCACCUGACCUCUGCAUCUGCCCAGGCAGCAGCUGCCUCCCUGCCCACCAGUGAGGAGGACCUCUGCCCCAUCUGCUAUGCCCACCCCAUCUCUGCUGUGUUCCAGCCCUGUGGCCACAAGUCCUGCAAGGCCUGUAUCAACCAGCACCUGAUGAACAACAAGGACUGCUUCUUCUGCAAAGCCACCAUCGUGUCUGUAGAGGACUGGGAGAAGGGAGCCAAUACGAGUACUACCUCCUCAGCUGCCUAGCCCUCACAGCCUGCGCCAUCCUGGAACCUCCACUUUUGAACCCAAAGCCAGGCUGGGCCCUAUUUAUGAGCUCCCUUUGCCCUUCUCCUGUAUCCCCCACCACCACAUCCAACCUCCUUGCCUGCCUGUAUCCUCAUUGGCGGGAGCCCAGCCAUGGCCCUAAUUGUGCCUGAGCUUGACUUUCAGUCAGGGCCACAGUGAGCAUUAAAUUAUUAUUCCAUACA